AAGCUCGAACUGGUGGUGGGCAGCCCGGCGUCAUGUAUGGACUUGGAGCUCUACACGCCAGACGACAAAUUCGUGAUGAAGCUGGCCAGCGACGAGGCCUUGCUGGGCUCUUACCCCAUCGACGACGGCUGCAGGAUCCAUGUUAUCGACCGGAGCGGCGCGCAGCUUGGGGAAUACGAAGACGUGUCAAAGGUAGAGAAGUUCCAGAUCCCCGAUGCUGAAUAUGAGAAAAGAACAGAUUCCGCCCGCUCCUUCUUGAAACGCAACAAACUGGGCCAAUACAACGAGGAAGAGACGGUGAAGAAAGAAGCCGAGCAGAAGCAGAAGUUGGUGGAGGAGAAGGCCCUGACGGAGGCCAUUCCCGUGGGAUCCAGGUGUGAGGUGCGGGUGGCGGGGCAGCCGAACAAACGCGGGAUGGUGAUGUAUGCUGGUUUAGCGGAGUUCAAGCCCGGCUACUGGAUUGGCAUAAAGUACGACGAACCUAUGGGGAAGCAUGACGGCAGCGUCGGCGGGAAGCGAUACUUCGAGUGCCAGCCGAAAUACGGAGCCUUCGUGAAGCCGCAGCACGUUGUGGUGGGGGAUUUCCCGGAGGAGGAGGAUUACGGGCUGGACGAUGAGAUGUGAAGGGGGCGGGGAAGGGGGGAGGGCGAAGGAACCCGGGGAGGAUCGCCACCGUCUCUCUUUGCGCCACCGCUUCCGGGGUGUGCUGCCGACGUGCACUGCGGGUGAGCCGGCGGGAGAAGACCUGACCGCUGCUGUCUUUUUGUUCGUGUUUGGAUUGCCUUUCUUCUUUCUUCCCCACUCGUACGUGUCCGUUCAGACCCCCUCGUAUGUUCUCACACGCUCAUCUUUCCGUGCCGGUUUGGUAAGAUAGAGAAUACUGGAGUGUCUCAGCAGUCCGUGGAGGGGUGGGCAAGGGGGCUGCUCUCUCCCCGGCCCCCUCCCGCCGCACAGCCGAGCGGUUCCGGAAGUGGUUGGUCUUUCGAUCGAAGUGCGAGGCACGAGGACUCUGCCGUGGGACUUUGUGCCGAUGCGGCGUCUCGCGCAAGCUCGGGUGCCGCUGAUGCCGCAGUGUCUCUUAGCACAAAGCCCCCCCUUCCCCGGGAGAGCCCGUUUGGCGUCACGUUUGAACCAGAUUUGAACCAGGACCACAUUUGAACCCCGUGUUAAUGCCAAUAUGAUAUCCUUUUCUGCAAAUCUAAACCAAGACAUUUCUGUGACUGUGCGUUGUCGCCCCCACCCCCCUUUUUGCCGUUGUUUUCAGAGUUAUUGGUUUUUUCCCCAAUUUGUGCUGUUGGUUGAUGCAAUGUGAUAAUUACAGGUUUUAAAAAAAUGGAACCGGGGUGGGAAGAAAAUAAAUCC